CCUCAAAUUAUGAAUUGGAAAAGAGACUGAGCCCUCAUAUUCUUCCUUGAUGGUUACGACUUACGAGAACGAGAAGAACCAUUCUCCAAGCUCUCAAACCCUAGUUUUUACUCUAGUGGAACCCUUCAUGGACGAAUCUUAGAGCGAAACCCACUGACCCAUCCACGAGCUUGCUUCCACCCGUCGCCAUGGACUCCCGUCGGCUCCCACGCGCCGUAAUUGACCCCAAGGUUCGCCAGGUCGGAUUUUUCACCUCCUGCGACCCGCCGCCGGCGAGAUCUCUGUCCGUCCCUGCUGACACCGGCGCGUCGGCCAUCGUUCCAACGGAUAUGUCCUCCUCCCCACCGCUAACCGAUAUCUACAUCACCAACAACUCCUUCUCCUCCGUCAGGAUCCCGCCCCCGCGCCAAGUCUCAGCGGAAGGCCUCCAUUCCCUUGGUCGCGCCGCUGGAUCCACGACUUCUGUAUUCGCUCACGAUGUUCUGUCGCCUCACUGUUGGGAAGGGAUCCAGAUGCCGAUCGGGAGCUACAACUCGUCGGAGUUCAUGCAGGGCAAGUCUUCGAUGCUUUCGCCGUCGAGCAGCCGGUUCGAUGAUAUAGAUUUCUCGGAGGAAGAAGCAACUUCUGCUUGUCUCAUACGGACAGGGUCCGGCAAGGAAGCGGCUGCGUUCCCUCGGAGCAGCGGGGAGGUGAUGAUGGCUAUUAAAAGCGGUGCGAAUGCUCCGGCCAAGAGCGCGCUGAAAACUGCCUCUGUGGUUAAAGCACUGCCGGAAGUCACUGAGAAGGAUGGAGGAACUUCUAUUGAAAAACAAAAUGAAGGGAUUGGGGCUGCUAGAUCCAAACAGAAGACAACAAAAGCAGAAAGGCGUGCCAUUCAGGAGGUUCAGCGUGCUGCAAAGGCUGCAGCAAAGGAUGCCGGCAAAGGGGCCAAAUCUACAUUUGCAUCCAGUGGUGGAGCUCUUGCUGUUGCAAAACAAGCCAAGAGUGCAAUACUACCUUCUCAAACGAAAUAUGGGUCUUCUGUAGCUUCUGAAAGAAGGGUUGACCGUAAUCCUGAUAAAGAUGGAAAAAAAGAUGUUUCUCAGUCCAGCAUGCAGUUUGAUGAUAAAAGUCGGGUUGAAAAGGCUAAAAGACGUGCAGCUGUUGGUCAUUUUGAAGCUAGAAAUAGUGUUGAGUUGUUCCGGCACUUGCCUCAAUAUGAACAUGGACCUCAGCUACAAUAUCUUGAAUCAAAAUUUUUUCAUCUUGAUCACAUACAUCCUUCGGUGUAUAAGGUAGGUUUGCAAUAUUUAACAGGGUCUACCUCUGGUGGAAAUGCUCGGUGCAAGGAAAUGCUUCUUGCGUUUCAGGAGGCUGUUAUGGACUACUCUACACCGCCAGAAAAAACUCCUGCUCGAGAUUUGACGUCAAAAAUUAGUAGUUAUGUAUCAUUCUUAAUUGCGUGCAGGCCACUUUCUAUCAGCAUGGGAAAUGCUAUCAGGUUUUUGAAGAAUAGAAUUGCAAAAUUAGAUCAUAACAUAUCAGAAUCAGAAGCAAAAUCUAAUCUCCUAUCAGAUAUUGACCGUUUCAUAAAUGAGAAAAUAAUAGUUGCUGACAAAGUUAUUGUUCACCAUGCUGUUACAAAAAUUAGAGAUGGUGAUGUACUACUCAUUUAUGGGCAUUCAACUGUUGUGGAAAUGAUAUUACUGCAAGCACAUGAGCUAGGAAAACAGUUUCGAAUUGUUGUAGUUGACUCUCGCCCUAAACUUGAAGGGAAAGCUUUACUUCGAAAGUUGGUUAUGAAGGGCCUCAGCUGUACAUACACACACCUAAAUGCAAUUUCAUAUAUCAUGCAUGAAGUCACACGUGUUUUCCUUGGGGCUUCUUCAAUUCUAUCUAAUGGAACGAUUUAUUCAAGGGUUGGGACAGCUUGUGUUGCAAUGGUUUCUCAUACUUUCCGAGUUCCUGUUCUAAUAUGUUGUGAGGCUUAUAAAUUUAAUGAAAGGGUGCUACUUGAUUCAAUUUGCUCUAAUGAACUUGGUGAUCCAGAUGUAAUCUCGAAGGUUCACGGGAGAGAUGGUUUGAAUGAUCUGGAAAAUUGGUCUGAUCAUGAGAAUCUUCAGCUUUUGAAUCUCUUUUACGAUGCAACUCCUUCCGACUAUGUGUCAAUGAUAGUGACCGAACAUGGAAUGAUUCCUCCAACCAGUGUUCCAGUCAUCUUCCGAGAAUAUGGAAGAGAUCAAUUGUUUUUUUAAGGUUUCACUUUGCAACCAGCACUUUCAGCUUUUCUGUUUUUCUGAACUGUCACGUUCUUUCUUUUAAGAUGAAAUGGAAUUGACAUCCAAUGAUUUGAGAUGUGAGUUUUCUCAUAUAUUCCAUUUCUCUACUUGAAUAAUGAGAUGUCCAUGCUACAUGUUCUCCUGCUAGAUUAUAUUUCUGCCAAUUUGACAUUGUGAAGAGUGCAUUUUUUUUUAUUGUGAAGAGUGCAGUUGUUUGCCUCUCCUGGUAAUUUUGAUGGCCAACAUGUAACAUAAUAUUUUCCUCUUUUGAUUAAUAAUUUCUAAUGUCAUUUCUUGAACCA